AUGGAGAGCAACACUCGCGUGCAGCCCAAGAAGCAAGGCGGUGCCACGCCCGUCAUUGAGCGCCUCCUCUCCCACAAGCACCUGCCGCAGCGCUGCUCCGCCAUCUCCACAUCCUUCAAGCCUUCCCGAGGCAGCCGCGAUGGCAGCGGAGGGAUGCCGGGGCAUGGCGACGACGACAAGGCCCAAGUGAAUCUUCGUGGCAGGGGCGCGUUGGAGGCCCCCGACGCCGCUGUGGCGCCCACGUACCAUCGCAUCAUGAUCGACGGCGAUGAGGGCGACAAAGACUACCUCAAAUGCGUCGGCAUCAUGGCGCACACCAUCCAGGCUCGUCAGACGUACAAGGAUACGGACCAAGGGCAGCUAGAGGUACCGUUGACAGCAGAGGAGCUGGAGAGGCGUUACCGCAGCACCGCCGCUGCUGCUACUUCGGUGUUGGCGGGGUCGCAAACUGCGUCAUUGUCCUCCCCUCUUUCGUCGCGAGCCAGCGAGAAGCCGAAAGGCCCGUUGUCACAGACUGAUAACUCCACAGCGGUGGCCUCGCUCAUGGGGCUCGAGUUCCGCCACGGCAUCUUUGGCUUUGAAGGCAUGCGCACGCGUAUUGUGCCAUGGGAACAGUACGUGCGCGACAUCCGCGCCGUCUACGGGGCCAUCGAGAACGGCCCUUGUCUCUCCACCGCCCGCAUGCGCCUCACCUCCAUCGCCGAGAAAUUCCGCCUGUACCUGUUGCUUAACGUGGAAAUCGAAGGCAGCUAUGAUGAGCUGUACCGCGACGGUGGCGUCUACGCCCCGUGCACGCGCGUCGACAAUGGCGUGAACAUGCACACGUCUGUUGUGGCGCCGGUGCUGCUUGAGUACGUGGUGACGACGGCGCUGGAGCAGCCGCGCGCUCCCCUCUACGUCGACCUCCGCACACAGCAGGUCGUGACACUGGCUGCCUACCUUGAAGCUGGCGGUAUCCACGACCCCCGCGAGCUCACGGUGGAGGGACUCGGCUUGCAACCUACACUGUACCGCAACAAGUACCUGCCAUACGACCCAUUCGAUGCGAAGCUGAACCCCGCUGGCGCCUUUGGUGCGACGCUGCUGCAGGCACUCAUGUCAACCGAUGGACCGAGUCACGGCAACCUGUGCGGCGUGCUGCUCCGCGCCGAGCUGGAGCAACGCGAGUAUCAGGAGCAGCAGAUGACGGCGACCGAGAUGACACUGGAGAUCUGCGGGCACCACCCGGAGGAGCUCACGCGACUCGCGGUGUGGGUGCGUCGGCAGGGCUUCAACAAGUUUUCGCGCAAUCGAUGGGUGCUGGCGAUUCAGCGGGAGCGCCGCUUCACGAAGCAGCUGGGGCCAAGCCAGCUCCCCUCUCUCUGCACCACCGUUGGUGAUCAGCUGCGGCACAUCUUCUAUCCCCUCUUCAUGGCGACGCUGUGCCCAAACGAUCCGCAAUGGUCGGAUGUGGCGCAGCUGCUGUGCCACACCGGCGCCCUCGGCAUUCGCACUGACGCUGUCGCGCGCUCUGAAAACUUCAGCGCCACUCCUGUGGACCCGGACGCGCUUCCGUGGACCAACGCACCACGUGAGGAUGGGCAGACCGCCGGCCACGGAGGUGCGAUGGCGCACGGUGGUGAGUGCAGCGACUACUACUUCUUUUACUACGUCUGGGCUAAUCUGGCGUCACUGAACGCGCUGCGCACGCGCCUCGGCCUCCACACACUGCUCUUCACGCCCUCCGUAAAUGAGAAGGCGCCGGCGUACGAUCAGCUUGUCAGCUCCUUCCUGCUCGGCGACGUUGUGCGCGACGUGAGCUCACUCGCGCAAAGCUGGAUUAUGCAGUUCCUGUACAUGUACUGCCGCAUCGGCAUCGUACUCUCUCCUUUGCGCGACAACGCGCUCAGCACCGCGUACUUUGACAGUCCGCUCGUGCAGUAUUUCCGCCAAGGGAUGCGGGUAUCGAUCAGCACGUCCGACCCGCUGUACUUCCACCACCACGAGUCGCAGCCGCUUAUCGAGGAGUAUGCGACGCUGAGCAAGCUGUGCUCGCUGACGCCGAUGGACACGAUGGAGCUGGGGCGCAACAGCGUGCUGAAUAGCAGCUUCCCGCCGGAGGUGAAGCAGGCUUGGCUGGGCAAGCGCUUUUCUCCGCUAGGGGCGGAGGGCAACGACCUGCGUCGCUGCGGCGUAUGUGACUAUCGCCUGCAGUUCCGCCACGAGGCCCUCGCGCAUGAGGAGGCGCUUCUAAACCAGCUCCUGGCGAAGGCCGGCAUCAGGGCGCCAGGCGGCGUUGGCUCUAGCGUUGACGGUGGCGACGGCGACGGCGGAGCCCUUUCCCUGCACCUCAUCCCCUACGCACAGUCGGUGCUGGUUUCGGACCUUGUCCAGCAGUCACGCCACUCGCGCCGCAUGAACUACACGGACCAGCGCAUUGUGUACCCCCGCAUCGACAUCUACUACGGCGGCCAUCGCUCGGGCCUCGCGACAGACGCAGUGGCGGCGCUGCGGCAGGUCGUCGCGCUCCGUCUCAAGUACGUCGGAAACGCGAACCGUACGGCGGUGGCGGCUGACGCCAACGUGCACGUCGAAGACGUCUUCAGCACCACCCGCCAAUUCGAUGAGGCGAAGUGGGAGUACAACACGUACUACGGCGUGUGCAUCUUGUCUCAGCAUGGCAAGACGCCGUUGUGGCCGACGUUCCUGCCGACCAUGACGGAGUUCAUCCGCGACAUAUCCGUGAUUCGGCAGGUGGCGAGCUCGGCGGCUCUGCAGCGGCUCGCGACGCACAGACUCAACCUGCUCGAGCAGAAGUUCCUGCUUCACCUCUCCAUGAAUAUCUCCAACGAGGCCGGCAAGAGGGAGGAGAAGGAGUGGAACAACCGAGACUUCUUCACCGCCUACAAGGUGGACACAAACGUGCACACCGACGCCGGCUCCAACGCCCGCACGCUGCUGGAGUUCUUUGUGGACAAGGCCCUGAAUCACAGCGAGGACGUCGUCUCCGAGCGCGAUCAUCACCCCGUCACGCUCAAGGAGCUGCUGAGCGAGUACGAGAUUGACGUGCACCACAUCACCGUUGACGAGCUUAACCACCGCCUGAACACGCACCCCGACCUGCGUGAAAUCUUCCUGUCACCGUUUAACUUCAUGCAAGGCCGUUACUUUGCCGAGCUGACGAAGCGGACUCUGGACAUCUACGAGGAGGACGCCUUCAGCUAUGCCGAGAACCGGCUCUCUAUCACCGGUGCCUCCGAACAGGAGUGGUACGAUCUGGCGCACUGGUUCGAUUGCUACGGCAUGGCCAGCUCGCGUAGCCGCUGGAUGGUGUGCCUGCCGUGGCACUACCGCCGCCUACGCCGAAACGGAGUGCUGAAGAACUUCGGCGAGUUUCUCGACAAUGUCUUCCACCCGCUGUGGGAGAUCAGCAUGCACCCGGCCAAGGACACAAAGUUCCACUACCUACUGGCGCACCUGUCCGGCUUUGACUGCGUCUCGGACGAAUCGAAGAUCAACCUGCCGCUCACGGACGUCUCUCCGCACGACUGGAACAGCGACUUGAACCCGCCGUACAGCUACUACAUGUACUACAUAUGGGCGAAUAUCACGUCUCUUAACGAGUUCCGGGCCUCGCGCGGGCUGAGCACCUUCACACUGCGUCCGCAGUGCGGCGAGCGCGGCAGCAUGGACCACCUCGUCAGCGGCUUCUGCUUGGCUAACAGCAUCAACCACGGCGUCACGCUGGCGCGGCACCCCGUGCUGGAGUACAUGUGGUACAUUGCUCAGGUCGGCGUUGCAAUGUCCCCGCUCAGCAACACAUCUGGCGCCUCCGCCUACCUUGAGAACCCUUUCCCGGUCUUUUUUCAUCGCGGCUUGAACGUUAGCCUCGCAACGAAUCAGCCACUCUACUUUCACUUCACGCGUGAGCCGCUCGUGGAGGAGUACUCUAUCGCCGCGAAGCUGUGGAAGUUCGAGCUGAAUGACAUGUCCGAAAUCGCGCGCAACAGCGUCUUGCAGAGUGGUUUCUCGGCUGCGUGGAAGGAGAACGCGCUGGGUCCGCGGUAUCAGCUGCGCUCUACCCUUGGCAACGACGUGCGUCGCAGCCGUGUGUCAGACAUUCGCGUGGCGUACCGGUAUGAAGUGUACCACACUGAGCUGAACUUCCUGGACGAACAGCUCGCCGCCGCUUCUCCCGGGUUCGCGGGGAGCUUGUCAGUGCCCGAGACCGCGCCGCCACCUGCGGAGGCGGACGCAAGCCAGGUGCAUAAAAACAGCCUCUUAGGUGGCGUCUCUCGCUUUUCCACCGACGCUGGCUGUGAGCCUGCGUCUGGCGCCGGUAGGUCCCUAGCCCCCGCUGCAUCGUCUCAGCGGAUGCCUCGUGCCAUGAAGCUGUUGGAAGAGGAGCUGGCCAUUUGUGGGGACGCUUGGCAGGGAGUGGCAUCGACUUCGCUGUUACCGACGUCCGCCACCAACGCGGAUGGAUCAUUCACGUUUCCGCACACGACCAACUCCCGAAGUGUGCAUCCGUCAGGGCUCAGCUCCUCGGCACUCAUGCCAACGCCGUUGGCGUCACGGACGGCGCAGUUACGUGGAGAGAUUCGACGGCUGGACGCGGAACUAACCCGCAUGCGAGCUGUUUCGCUACAGGUGGCCGGCGAGAACAACUCGAUCGCUGUGCAGGUGAACGCACUGCGCGAGCGGCUUCAGACCGAAGGGCUGACCAUUCUGGGCGGUCUGUACGGCAGCGCGAACGAAGUGGAAAUCGACCCGUCGUUGAACGGCGAGUCUGCGGUGACGGGGGCCGCCGCGGUGGAAGAGGCGGAGGGCGGUGGUGGGCGAAAGUCGCUCUAA